UCACCACACUCUCUCUCUCUAGUCUCUCCCACACAUAAUUUUCUUCAGUCCACUUUCUCGUUUUCCAUUAUCACUAUUUUUUUUUCUUCUUUUUGUUUCUCCCUCUCUCUCUCCACAACCAAACACUCACCUUAUCAAUUCAAAACAACAUACCAAACCAAACAAUCCCACCACACUCUUUCCGAUUUUCCGUCAUAACUCUUUCUCCCUCCAAUUUUCCGCCCCUUCGAUGCCUUUCUCAAUUCCCGAUGCUUCGCUCUAGAAAUUAUGGCGUGUGCUCCAUCAUCCAUGUCAUCAGUUUCAGUCGAAUGUGUGAGUGUAUGUAAGUUGAAGCUAUGGAGAGGAGAAGGGAGUGUUGGGAGGUAUGAUUGUAGUGUUCUUUCUUGUGCUUGGAAGGCGCCUAGGGUUCUCACUGGUUCUUUAGCUAGUACUACUCAGAGUUCGUUUCCGUCUUCGUCGUCGUCUUAUUCUUGUAGAAGAUUCAACCGGCAUAGAUAUAGAUGUGUGGCUCCUGAUAUUAGAGGUAAACAUUGGCUAGAUACUUCCUGCUUUAUAGAUGCUGGAUGGAUCUUCAGGGUAAUCUUGCGACAUCCGGCUUCUGAAAGAUGGAAAUGGCGUUGUAUGUCAUCGUCCGAUUCUGAUUCAUCUGAUGAUUUUUCAGCUCAAAGUUUGUGGGAGGAUCUUAAACCGAGCAUCUCAUACCUGCCUCAUGGUGAACUCGAAUUGGUUCAAAAAGCAUUAAAGCUUGCUUUUGAUGCCCAUGAUGGUCAAAGAAGGCGCAGUGGAGAGCCCUUCAUCAUUCAUCCAGUUGAAGUUGCACGUAUAUUAGGAGAACUUGAGUUGGAUUGGGAGUCUAUUGCAGCUGGAUUAUUGCAUGAUACUGUUGAGGAUACAGAUUUUGUAACUUUUGACCGGAUCGAAAAGGACUUUGGCUCUACUGUUCGACACAUUGUUGAAGGGGAAACCAAGGUAUCGAAACUAGGAAAACUUAAGUACAACAAUGAAAAUAGUUGUGUGCAAGAUGUAAAAGCAGAUGACUUACGACAGAUGUUUCUGGCAAUGACAGAAGAGGUCCGCGUAAUCAUUGUCAAACUAGCCGAUAGAUUGCACAACAUGCGCACGCUCUCGCACAUGCCAUCUCAUAAGCAGACAAGUAUUGCACUGGAGACGCUGCAGGUGUUUGCCCCUCUGGCAAAGCUGCUAGGAAUGUACAAAAUCAAGUCUGAACUUGAGAACUUGUCCUUCAUGUACACAAACACUCAGGAGUAUGAAAAGAUCACUGAAAGAGUUGCUGAACUUUAUGAGGAACAUGAGAAAGAGCUAACUGAGGCGAACAAAAUUUUGGUGAAGAAGAUUGAGGAUGAUCAGUUCUUGGAACUUGUGACUGUCAAAACUGAAGUGCAUGCUGUACUUAAGGAGCCUUACAGUAUCUACAAAGCUGUAACGAAAGCAAAUGUUUCUAUUAAUGAGGUCAACCAGAUUGCUCAGCUUCGCAUUGUUAUAAAGCCUAAACCUUGCACUGGAAUCGGGCCUCUGUGUAGUGCUGAGCAGAUAUGCUACCAUGUUCUUGGGCUUGUGCAUGGCAUGUGGACUCCAAUUCCGAGAUCUGUGAAGGAUUUCAUCGCUACCCCAAAACCUAAUGGCUAUCAAAGUUUGCAUACAACAGUUAUACCAUUUCUUUAUGAGAGCAUGUUCCGGCUGGAAGUUCAGAUAAGAACAGAGGAAAUGAAUUUAUUAGCUCAAAGAGGGAUAGCUGCUCACUAUUGUGGGAGAGUGUUUGUUGAUGGUUUAGCUGGCCAUGUAAUGCCCAGGAAGUUAAGAGGGAAGCCAGUCUGUCUGAACAACAGCAAUGCAGCACUCAGGAUUGGCUGGCUCAAUGCUAUCAGAGAAUGGCAAGAAGAAUUUGUUGGGAACAUGAGCUCUAGAGAGUUUGUGGAUGUUAUCACCAGGGAUCUGUUAGGCAGCCGCGUCUUUGUUUUUACGCCACGUGGGGAGAUCAAAAAUCUUCCAAAGGGAGCAACUGUUGUUGACUAUGCAUAUAUGAUCCACACAGAAAUUGGAAACAAUAUGGUGGCUGCUAAGGUCAAUGGCAACCUUGUUUCUCCAACACAUGUACUCGCCAAUGCUGAAGUUGUGGAGAUAAUAACCUAUAAUGCUCUCUCGAGUAAGUCUGCUUUCCAGAAGCACAAGCAGUGGUUACAGCAUGCUAAAACCCGCAGUGCUCGUCAUAAGAUUAUGAAAUUUUUGAGGGAACAAGCUGCAUUGUCUGCUGAAGAAAUUACUACAAAUUCUAUUUAUGACUUCAUUUCUGAUUCUGAAAAGGAAGAAGUAGAAGAGGAACCCUCAAACUUUUCCAGGGUGAUCAGGCCAAUUUCGGAUAUGAUCAUUGAGACGUUGUUGCCCCCUAAAAAUCCUGAAAAUAUUCAGCUGCCAAAUGGUGCUCCUUGUGCUCCAAAGGUCAACGGGAAGCACAAUAAGCGUGUGGAGCAUUCAAAUUUGUGGGAAAAGGGGCAAAUAUUGUCAUGUGAUAAUAAUAUUGCCAAGUUGAUAUUUGCUAACACUGCAAGGCCUAGGGAAGUCCUUCCAGGUUUGGAAAGUUGGCAGACGAGCAAGAUUGCUACUUGGCACAGCAUUGAAGGAAACUCUAUCCAAUGGCUCUGCGUAGUUUGUAUUGAUCGUCAGGGUAUAAUGGGCGAAGUCACAACAGUUUUAUCUGCUUUGGGAAUCUCAGUGUGUUCCUGUGUGGCUGAACUCGACAGAGGGAAGGGUAUGGGAGUUAUGCUAUUUCACAUCGAAGGGACUCCAGAUGAUUUGAUCAAUGCUUGCUCAAGGAUUGAUACUAUACUUGGUGUUGUGGGAUGGUCCGCAGGUUGCAGUUGGUUGAGCCCUAGUGAAUCAUAAAACAAUGCUUGCUUGUAGCAGGUUAUUGUAUGGGUUAUGGUUAUCACAUAUGUUACCAUUGUCUGAUGUUCUUCAGUGCAACCUCUAUUUUGUUGUCCAAGCAGUUGUUGCCUCGCAGGCUUGUGACUGGAAGUUUUGUGGGGGGAAAAGACCGACCUUUCUGAUGAUGUUAGUUUGUUAUAUCAGAAUUCUGAAUUUUUUUUUUUUUGGUAGAACAUGUCGAAGUAGAUAGCUUGAGCAGAUUUAGCUCAUAUACUUGAGUCGGGGCACUGUAUAUACAGAGGAGAGUUAUAGUUAGGACUAAAGGUGUAAAGGGGUAUACAAGGCUUGAUUCUGGGUAAGACGAAGGGAGAAGCCAACAUAUCCAUGUGUUAAUCAGCAAAGUUCGAUGUAUUUACUUGUAUAUUCAUUUUCUUUUGGAUGUCUUGUUGAAGUUGUGCUCUAAUUUUGCUUCUCACUGCAAAGUUAUACUGUAAUCAGAGUGUAAUUCAUCAUUGUUUUGUGUUGACAUCUGGGAUUACAACUUAUUGGUUGUGAUUCUUCAUUGAUAAUAAGAAAGGGAAGUGGUUUAUUCUUCUAUAA